AUGGUCUGUACAGAGGUUGAAACUUUGCGUUCGAAGUUGCAUGAUGUCGAGGCACAAUUGGCUCAGCAGUUAUUAGAGCGAGAAACAGCGGAGAAAGAUGCACGGCGUCAGCAAGAACUGUACAGUCAAUUAAAGCUACAACAAACAGUACAAGAAAGACGUCGAGCUCAUAAUGCUAGACACAGUUCUGCUAAUAUGGAUCCAAAACAUCUCGGUUCGCAGAUGCGCCUAAAUGCUCUGCAUUCGGGCGAUGAGAUAGAAUGCGAAGAUCCAGCCCUUGCCCGCGUUGGUUCAAAAGAUUCAGUGGCUUCAGUCAGCUCGAAGACGAAGUCCGAUGCCAUUCCGUUGCGUGACGGAGAAAAUCUAGGUUCAAUGUUAGAAAGCAAACUUCGUGCCUGUCAUUUGGAAUCAUCUAGGUUGAAGGACCAACUGGAGGAGAUGUCUGUUCAAUUGUACAAACGUGAAGAAGAGGUUGCUCAGUUGACUGAGCGCUUGCGACAACUCACCGACGACUUGGCUUCGACUGCCACACAGAGUGAAUUAAGUGAUCAAGCGGCAGACCAGGCACGCACUGCCUUGACACAGUGGUAA